AUGUUCAAGGCGCAGGUGCUGCGGAGGAACUUCUCCCUCUUCAACAGGGUGUCCUCGUCGCGCAUAGCACAGUCCGCCGCGCGCAACGGCCAUGAGACUGUGACGGUGCAGCGCUUCCGCAUACGCAAGCCUUUUGUCAGCAGAUCACGCUUAGUCGGCAUAGUCGCAGUCUCGUGGGCCUCGUACAGCAUCAUACAAUACCUCGGCCUGGAAGUCCAAGUUGAAGUUAUAGAGAAGGAGCAAAAGCCCCCGGGUCCAGGCAACUCCAUCCAAAACCAAGACGAAGACAAACCUGACGCAGGAUGGGAACAGGCGACUGGCGAAGAGGAGGAUGACGAUGACGAUGAUGAAGACUACGAUGAUGUUCUACUCUUCCUGCCCACAGGCUUCUCGCGGCCAGCACCCAGGAUGUUCUGGCGAGGCUCAGACCCAGAGUGGCAGGAGUUUAGAAAGAUCGCCACAGACGGCGCAAGGAUCAACAAGAUACGCGGAGAGCUGGCUACCAUGGUGCGCACCUCAGCUGUCAUGGACGCUUUAUGGGUCAAGACCAUUGGCAAAGUCGAUUCCAGCAAAGGCAAACAAUGGAUCGACAUCAACUUCCCCCCAGGCCCACCUCCCGAAUUCGAGCGCCCGGGUAUCGAGUUGACAGAAGACCUGGAGUGGCGGAGGGCGACACGGCCAGUAGAACACCUCGCCCACCAACGUCUAAACCAGCUCAUCUAUCCCACUGCCGUCGGCACUGCCCUCUACCAGGACACAAAGCGCAAGGCUGAGCAAUCUUGGAAGGGCCUCAAAGCAUACAUGGGCUGGGAAGUGAAGCCUGAGCACACCGCACUCUACGAAGGCAUGCUGCAACGACUACCCAACCACCCAGCAUUACCCAGCUCCGUCACCACACCACCCAACACUGCAUCAACUUCCCCACCAACAAGCACACCGCAAACCACCACAUCACCCUCAGACAGUCCCACCAAAGACGUCGGCAUCGCCCUACCACGCGCCAAAGACAUGACGCUCGACCUCGGCGACUUCCGCAAAGACUUCCGCAAGGCAUUCAAACCGUACGCCCCCGAGCCUCCUCGCGGCUGUUUCAACGUCCUGGGCCUGAUAGAAGUCUACGGUGACCGUGCGCGCAUAACACUCCAAGUUAAAGCUAUCUACGAUCCAAAGCAAGCUCGUUAUGUCGGUGUUCAGGUCAAUAUGUUUAACUUUGUGGAGCAUCGACAGCAGCCGAGGGGUGGGCCUUGA